AUGAAGGUCUGCCGCACCGCUGUCAUUGCUGUCAUGCUCGCCGCACUGGGCGAAGCCUUCCCAACCGAUGCAAAGCGAGAUGCCUUUGCUCCCAUCUCAGUCGACAAAAGCCGCCUCAGCCCGUACUACGGCAGCGGAAACAACUACAAGAAACGAGACCCGGCCUUUGCUCCCAUCUCAGUCGGCGAAGACAACUCAGUCCAUAAAGACAGCAACAGCCCGUACUACGGCGACCGACAGAACUACAAACGAGACGCAGAUCCGGCCUUUGCUCCCAUCUCAGUCGGCGAAGACGAAUCAGCCCAUAAAGACAGCAACAGCCCGUACUACGGCGACCGACAGAACUACAAACGAGACGCAGAUCCGGCCUUUGCUCCCAUCUCAGUCGGCGAAGACAGCUCAGUCCAUAAAGACAGCAACAGCCCGUACUACGGCGACCGACAGAACUACAAACGAGCGCCCGAAGCCGAGGCCGAAGCCUCUCCUUCGGAAAAAGAAGAAAAAAGAGCACAUACUCUUCUCGAUCAGAACGUACUAGGACCACCCGUCCUACUCUACCCACGGCUCGCUUCGAAAGCAACCCUUACUAUGCGUGUCGAUGCUAUCUCGACCUUCCUGAGCGCCUUAAGUGGUGUCUCCGCGGUUUGCGUCCUACCAAUCGGCGCCCGAUACUUCGCUCAUCCGGACCCGAAGUUCAACAAAGCUCUGCUUCUAUCGUCGAACUACCCUCCAGCAAAAUUUGGCCCUUACAAGGAGCACGCUUGCGAGCGAGAACCUGGUGGUUCAGGGAUCCUACAUUGGCGUUGCGCUUACGGAGACAAAAUCAAAAGCGAGAUUUGCAGUAACGACUUCUGGGUUACACUCAGCAAUGAAUUCUUGCACAACUCGGGACAGCCCUGCCACGUCGAUACGACUGAUGGUGUAAACCAUGGAGUCUGGAUCUGCGUCUUGGAAUAGUGGCAUGGACCUAGGCAGGGAGUACGACAGAUCUGCCGGUUCUUAUCCUCCUGGCCCUCCUAUGCUGCGCAUCACAGGCGAGCUCGACAUCGGCCUUAUUAUAUCAAUAUCGACGUGAAGGUCAAUCUCUUCUCAUUCUGCCUGGACCUGAUUCAAUCCAGGCUAGACAACAACUCAACACGAAGCUUACUACCGCUACUUUACCCCGACAAGGCGCCAGAAAAUCACCGUAUGUAGACAGUGCCCAUCCGCAUUGAAUCGAACUUUCCCACCCUG